AUGGAGAUUUUCUUAGAGCAAUUUGUAAAGAAAGCAAAAGGAUUGGCUGAAGAAGGAGUGGUCGGUAAGGACCUGGGCUCCUUUCGAGCAGGCAGAACAGUUGGGAGCAAGUCACAGGGAUUCAGGUUACUACAGAAGCAUAUUAAGACAAAAAAGCAUCAAGCCAAAGUGAGAAAUACUAACAUAUAUGCAGCCACAAAAAGACCCCCAGUAGAACCGAACGAAGAAAAUGAGUACGCUUCUUCAGCUCCUUCAUGGACUCCUACCAAUGCUGAUGAAGUGAAAGCAUACGUGGUGAUCAACAUUCUAAUGGGAAUCAACAAAACAUCCAAAUACCUGGACUGCUGGUCCCAAGAUCAGGCUCUGAGAAAUGAGUUCAUAUCAAAGCUGAUGACAAAGAACAGGUACAAGAAACUUUGUCCUUACUUUCACUGUAGCAAUAUCCGUGAAGACCAUGACGAAAAUGACAAAAUUCAAAUGGUCAGGAACUUGGUCAAUAUACUCCAGGAGAAUUUCCCAAACAUGUUUGUACCAGGACGGUCACUCUCCAUCGAUGAAGCCAUGAUAAAAUACAACGGAAGACUGUCUUGGAAGCAAUAUAUGCCCAAGAAACCAACUAUAAAGUGGGGCAUAAAACUGUGGUGCCUUUGUGAUUCAGCAACUGCAUACUGUCUAGCUUUCCAAGUGUAUACAGGAUGUGGAAUAAAUGCCCUACUUGUGCAGGAGUUUGGCCUUUGCUACACAGUUGUCAUGGGGCUGAUGAACAGAUAUCUUCUGAGCAACCAUACUGUCUAUACAGGGAAUUUCUUUUCUUUGUUGCCGCUAGCUGCAGACCUCCUCCAAGUUGACACAUACUUCUGGGGUGCACUCAGGAGCAAUCGGAUUGAAGUCCCCCGUGAACUGCCCAACAUGAGGCUGCAUAAGUAUGACACUGUCAAGUGGGUGAAGGCCAACAUCAUGGUGACGAAAUGGAAGAACAACAAGGAUGUGUACAUGCUAUCCACAAACAACGAUGGAAGUUAUGUUGAGAAGCAGCGGACCAACUUCAGGCGAGAGGAAAUCAUCUCCAUUCCUUCGGUCAUCACUGAUUAA